ACUUCGGGCGGGCUCGGCUCCCGCUCGGGGCGAGGCAGCGGAGUGUGCGGCGCGGGAUUCUGUGGGCCCGGCUGCGCUGCGUUUGAGGCCGGAGGCCCUGCUGUUCGGCACGACCGGCACCGCGGCUUCCUAGGCACUGAGGAAGACUAGCGCAGGGCCGCUCGGAAACCCUCGGGCAGCCUCGGACCUGUUCGGCUCGGCUCGGCCCCGCACUUCGGGGCCGCUUCGGCCCUCGUCGGUUCUGGACUGUCAGCCGUCAGCUCGACUCGACUGGGCCGCUUCGUAUCGGUUCGGCCCCUGUUCGGGAGGCUUCGGCUCGGCUCGGCUCGGCUCGGCGGGCCGGCUGACCUCCUCCAGCUGCGCGCUUCGGGCGGCAGCGCGGGCUUCGGGUGGCCCCGGCCGGCGCCUUCGGGCGGGCUCGGCGGAGUCCGGAUGGAGGACUCGGACGCGGCCGCCAAGCAGCUGGGCCUGGCCGAGGCGGCGGCGGUGGCGGCCGCGGCCGCUGUGGCGGCGGCGGCCGCGGCCGCGGCGGGAGGCGAGGCGGAGGAGCCGGUGCUCAGCAGGCACGAGGACUCGGAGGAGGACGGAGACUCGGAGGCGGAGCGCGAGACGCGGCGAGUGACGGCUGUGGCGGUGAUGGCCGCCGAGCCCGGGCACAUGGACCUGGGCUCCGAAGCCCUGCCGGGCCCCGACGAGGCCGCCGCGGCCGCCGCCUUCGCAGAGGUGACCACUGUGACGGUGGCCAAUGUGGGUACCUCCGCAGACAACGUCUUCACCACGUCCGUGGCAAAUGCAGCCUCCCUCUCAGGACAUGUUCUGUCUGGCAGGACGGCCCUUCAGAUUGGGGACAGCCUGAACACUGAGAAAGCCACGCUGAUUGUGGUGCACACAGACGGCAGCAUCGUGGAGACCGCCGGGCUGAAGGGCCCCACCGCCCCCCUCACCCCAGGCCCCCAGUCUCCCGCAGCCCCCCUCGCCCCCGGCCAGGAGAAGGGAGGCACUAAGUACAACUGGGACCCGUCGGUGUACGACGGCGAGCUGCCUGUGCGCUGCCGGAACAUCAGCGGCACGCUGUACAAGAGCCGGCUCGGCUCAGGAGGCCGGGGGCGGUGCAUCAAGCAGGGGGAGAACUGGUACAGCCCCACGGAGUUUGAAGCCAUGGCGGGAAGGGCCAGCAGCAAGGACUGGAAGAGAAGCAUCCGCUAUGCAGGCAGGCCGCUGCAGUGCCUCAUCCAGGACGGGAUCCUCAACCCUCAUGCUGCCUCCUGCACCUGUGCCUCCUGCUGUGAUGACAUGACCUUGAGCGGUCCUGUCAGGCUCUUUGUCCCCUACAAAAGGCGCAAGAAGGAGAGUGAGCUGCCCACAACACCCGUGAAGAAGGAUUCCUCCAAGAACAUCACACUGCUUCCCGCCACGGCCACCACUGCCUUCACCGUGACCCCCUCAGGGCAGAUCACUACCUCCGGCGCACUGACCUUUGACCGGGCGUCCACCGUGGAGGCCACGGCCGUCAUCUCAGAGAGUCCGGCCCAGGGCGAUGUCUUUGCUGGGGCCACAGUGUAUCCCAGACAUUGUCUUGCAACAGUUCAGACUCACCCUGUUUCUGGGGCUCGGGAGCCACACGUGGCCAGAAGCCUAUUGGGUGGUGCACCUGUGGGCAGUCUGAGGUCUAAGAUCUGUGCAGCCACCCUGGGUCUCGGCUGUCUCGCCCCUUUCCUGAUAGUUCAAGAAGCAGGGGUGCAGCCCCCGUGCAGGGUCGGCCACCCGGAACCCCACUACCCAGGGUACCAGGACAGCUGUCAGAUCGCACCGUUUCCAGAAGCUGCACUGCCAACGUCUCAUCCUAAAAUAGUGUUGACUGCCCUGCCGGCCCUGGCCGCACCCCCCUCCACCCCUACCAAGGCUGUCUCUCCUGCGGUGGUCAAUGGGCUGGAGAUGUCAGAACAGCGGAGUUGGCUGUACCUGGAAGAGAUGGUCAACUCCCUGCUAAGCACAGCACAGCAACUCAAGACGUUGUUUGAACAAGCCAAGCAGGCCAGCUCCUACCGAGAAGCUGCCGCGGCCCAGGCCAGAGUUCAGGCAGACACUGAGCGGAAAGAGCAGUACUGUGUCAACUGCGGCCGAGAGGCCAUGAGCGAGUGCACGGGCUGCCACAAAGUCAACUACUGCUCCACCUUCUGCCAGCGCAAGACCUGAACCCAUCUGUGUCCAGGCUCACGUCGCCUCCAUGAACAAUGUGGUCGUGCUAUCUGCCUGCCGCUGGGCCUCCUCCAGGCCCUGGUCGGCUGCAGGGAGCAAUGGGUGUGGAGAGGGCUCCUGCCUCACCUGCCCUGCCUGUGGCCCGGGGCACAUGGAGGAGCCGGCGUCCCACUCGGUGCCCCACUCGGUGCCCACGUCACCUGUCCAUCUGCCCGAGAGCCUUCUUGCAUGGCUGGCUCCAGCUUUGCUUGCUCGUUUCUGAAAUCAUGAAUGACUUAUACCGUGGGCAGCAGCGUCUGAGGCACAUGUUUCUGUGUGUAUGAUGUUCCCGUGCUUAGACCCCUGAGGGGACAGAGGCAUUGGCACAGGGACCGUGCGUGUCAGGGCCCACGUGGUGCUUGGCCUUUGGAGCUGGUCCCUGAAGCAUGAGGGUGACUGGGCUCAGAGGGUUGGGCACUCAGCUAGCACAGGGCCGAGGCCUCAGCCGGGGGGACCUCUCACUCUGCUUGAGGCGCUGCCCCGGCUAAGGGCCGUGUCUUCC